AUGAAUACAGGCAAAGGGAAUCGACUGAAGAAACGUCACGCGAAUGCAUUCAUCGUAUUCACGAGGAUUGCUAUAGGUGAAUACAAGCGAAGGUAUCCGGAGGACAAAAUCAUAGUGACUGAUUUUACAAAGAAGUGUGCAGAACAUUGGAAGACGAUGGGACGAGAGGACAGGAAAAAAUUCAAAGCUUUGGCUGAUAUGGACAAGGCAAGAUGUGAUCAUCAACAUGGACAUCGUAAGGAGGAGGAGGAGGGUAGGAUUGUUGAAAGGCGUUGUCCCUUCUACUUCUUCAGUAAUGACUUUCGUUCUGUAUUGAAAGAGGCUAAUCCAAUGUGGAGUUCUGCGGAAGUGAUAUCGGCGCUGCGUAAAAAUUGGAAGGUGUAUGUAGAUAAAGAGAAGUAUAAAGUUCUCGCGCAGAAGGAUAGAGAGCGUUAUAAAGAGGAAAUGAAAGCUUACCUCGAAGGGAGACGGGAUGUUCCGACGAGUGAAGCGGUUUCCAAACCUGGUUCAAAUUGCACUUGUGGUGAUGCCUGCAAAACACAAAUUCCGUGUUGCAGUACAACAACGACGUCGACUGCUGUUGUCGGUGGUAAUGGUCCUAUUAGUAAUGAUGAAAAGAAGUGUAGGAUUGGAACGGAGCUAGGUCGGAAACCACUGGAGGAGUGUGAAAAGUGUAAUGAAGUGGUGACUACAACGUCGAUAACGACGAAGCAGAAACUUCCAUUUCUUGUAGAAUUCCUUAUAUAA